AUCUAUGAUCUAAAACUAUACCGCCAUUUUUGCUUAUCGUGCAGCAUAUCCAAGUUUUAAUUUAGUGCUAAUUAAGUAGUAAAUAUUUACUGUUUUAAACUGUGCGAUGAGUAUUCUUUAAGUAGAUACAGCGAAUGAUUUUGAUUGACUUUUCGACUUUAUAAUCAGUAAUAGACUAACUGAAAAGUGACAUCAAGAAAUUAAUUAGACAAUUGUUGAUGUUUUUAAGUCUAAAUUAAAAUAUUUUCGAUAUGAAGAAAGGGAAAGGGUUUAAUGUAGGUGAUAAAGUUUUUGCCAAGGUGAAGGGUUAUCCAGCUUGGCCAGCAAGGGUUGUUGCUGUUCAUGGAAAACGGUAUCAGGUUCAAUUUUAUGGCACUGGUGAAACGGGAACCAUAAAAAUAGAAGAUUUGUUUUAUUAUUUGAAACAUAAGGAUCAGUUCAGUAAAAGUUUAAGAAGGAAAGAUUAUAAUGAGGCUAUAGAAGAAAUUGAAAAUGCUAUUAAAGAAGAUGGAACAGAUGGUAGCAGUGAAAACCAAAAUGAAAGUAUAGACAUUAAUGAGUCACUCAAUCAAUCAGUACCUAAUUCUUCAUUAAAUGAAUCUUCUGAUUUAAAAAAAAGCAUAAAACGAAAACGACCAUCCUCUGAUGAUAAUCAAUCAUCAGUUAAAAAGAUUAGUAAAAAGCAGAUAUCUAGUAAUGAUAAUCACCUGGAAGAAAGUAACAGCAGUUUAACAUCAGAAGAAUUAAUAAGUCAAGUCAGAGGCCCUGACGACGUGAAUUCGGGUUCUGAUGAUGAUAGUAAAGCUGCCAAAAAUGUGACUGAUAAGAGUUCUCAAAAUAAUGAUCAGAUAGAACUUAGCAAGGAAAAUCAGAAAAGUGAAAAAAAUCACGAUAAAACUGAAAAAGUAACUGGCGAAAAGACUAGUCCGAAGAAAGAUAAAUCAAAAUACAAAAUUGUAUCUGAUGAACACUUAAAAGCUCUAAUUGCGUAUGCUGAACAUGUGAGGAAAGAUCCCGAAAAAUAUAAAGAGAAACCACCAGAAGUACGUUCAAGAGCGAGAAACGAGAUCGUUGUUGCUAAACAACAAAGUGGUCAAUAUAUAUGCAUAAAGUAUAAUAGAGAUGCACCGCCCGUCUUUAAAUCGGAAUACGAACACGCCGAAUAUGAUGAAAACGAAGCAAAAACGAUAAUUUCUCUUAAAGAACUCGUCGAAGUGGGUUCUUGUAACCCAGAAGACGAUCCCAAAUUGUUUGAAACGAACCUAACUCUUGCCGAAGAGGAGAUUCAGGAAUCCAUCGAGUUGCAAAUUUUGGAGAGAAAGACUCAAAAAUUGAAUUUCUUAAAGCGGGAACAGGAACUGGUUGAACUUGAUACAAAAAUAAAGGCCUGUCUCGGACUGGAUGAAGCCGAACCUAAGCAAGCAUUAGUGUUUUUAGAUAAGAUUCUUGCUCUUGAUGUUGAUCCACUUAUGCUAAUAAAACAUCCCCAUGUGGUCGAUAUGGUGAAAAGAUUGAGAAAAUAUGUUGGUAAUACUAAGGAGUGGAACCUGUCUGAGAGCAAUUUGAUCAGUUUCCAGACGGAUGCUCGCACGAUAAGAGAAAAGGCCACUAAAAUAUUCUUCAAAUUUAUUAAAUUGCUGGGUCUUGUACAAACGGAUGAUAAGGCUUUUUUUGACGAACUAGCUCAAAAGGUGGAAGAUUUUAAAGCAAAAACAGGUCACUUAAAAGAGAGCGAAGUAUUCGCGUUAUGUGUUCAGCCAGACUCCAGACAAGCAUUUUUAGACAGAUUGGAUGAUGAAGAAGAGAUGAAGUUAAUUAAUUCAAAAUUGGAUAGCAAACAAGAAAAACUAUUUUCUGAAAAGAAAAAUGCUGAUCAGAGUGAUGAACAAACUUUGUCAAAUUCAAAAGAUGUAGCAAGUAGUAAUUUAGACUCCACCUCGCUAAUUAAUUUUUAAGGAUUUAUCUAAUUGUUAUUUUUCUCAGUGUAGCUCAACUUUCUAAUAAAGUAUUGAUUUUUUAA